AUGGAACAGCACACUGCAGAGCCUCCAGCUGUCAUGGAGAUCUGUGAGUUAUGUGGCCUGUUUGUCCAGGUCCUAGCAGCAAAUUUUGGAACCCUCAAUAAAGACAAGCAGUGGGUGCUGUCUGGAAGCAAGGUUGGGAACAAGGUGGCUGGCAGACAUCGUUGGAGGAGGUUGAUGUGGUCAGUGGAAAGCUCCCACUCAGAAGAGGAUCUUAUUCCUUUUAACUCUAUUGAUAAAGAUUUCUCUAACAAGCAGCACAUUUGCCAGACCUACUGGUGUACACUUACAAACCCAGUAAUUCCAGCAGUUACCAUCUUACCCCCGCUUUCUAGGGUAAACUACGACAUCCCCCUGUUGUAUUCUUUUGCCAGAUCUUCGGGGCACACAGUGCCCCCCUCCCUCCCCCGCCUACGUGUCCACCUGCGGGGUCCAGGGCCCGAGCCCGCGCGCGCCAUGGAAGCCGCUAACCUCUCGGCGGCCACCACAGUUCCCCUGGAACCUGAGCUCCACGGCGGGGGCCCGGACGGGGUGGCGGGGCUGUCCCAGGGCGGUGCCGUCCCGCCUGGCCGCGCACCCGCGUUCUCGGUCUUCACCGUGCUGGUGGUGACGCUGCUGGCGCUGCUGAUCGCCGCCACGUUCCUGUGGAACCUGCUGGUCCUGGUCACCAUCCUGCGCGUCCGCACCUUCCAUCGCGUGCCGCACAACCUGGUGGCCUCGACGGCCAUCUCGGACGUGCUGGUGGCAGCCGUGGUGAUGCCGCUGAGUCUGGUGAGCGAGCUGUCGGCGGGGAGGCGGUGGCAUCUGGGCCGAAGCCUGUGCCACGUGUGGACCUCCUUCGAUGUGCUGUGCUGCACCGCCAGCAUCUGGAACGUGGCGGCCAUCGCGCUGGACCGCUACUGGACCAUCACGCGCCACCUGCAGUACUCGCUGCGCACCCGGCGCCGCGCCUCGGCGCUCAUGAUCGCGCUCACCUGGGCGCUGGCGGCGCUCAUCGCGCUCGCGCCGCUGCUCUUCGGCUGGGGCGAGGCGUACGACGCCCGGCUCCAGCGGUGCCAGGUGAGCCAGGAGCCCUCCUACGCCGUCUUCUCCACCUGCGGCGCCUUCUACCUGCCGCUUGGCGUGGUGUUGUUUGUCUACUGGAAGAUCUACAAGGCGGCCAAAUUCCGCUUCGGUCGCCGCCGCCGCCGGGUGCUGCCUUGGCCCACGGCCGCCGCCGCGGGGCAGGAGGAACCUGAGACGGAGAAGGUGUUCACAGCACGUUGCCGAGCAAGUGUGACAUUCCAGACAAGUGGAGAGUCAUGGAGAGAGCAGAAAGAGAAGCGAGCAGCCAUGAUGGUGGGGAUUCUGAUUGGGGUGUUUGUGCUGUGCUGGAUCCCCUUCUUCCUCACAGAGCUCAUCAGCCCUCUCUGCGCCUGCAGUGUCCCCCCAAUCUGGAAAAGCAUCUUUUUAUGGCUUGGGUACUCCAAUUCUUUCUUCAACCCCCUGAUUUACACAGCAUUUAAUAAGAACUACAACAAUGCCUUCAAGAGUCUCUUUACCAAGCAGAGAUAA